UUUUAAAACAUCAUUCAAAACUGCCAUGGAACAAAACUGGUUCUUAUCUUCAGAGAUCAAACCCUAGAAUUUUCUAGGGUUUUUAUCAGAGCAUGGUGGUUCCAACAAUAACACCAAUAAUAGCAAUAAUAACAGUAUCAACAGUAAGGCCAUGCCAGCGGAGCUGAUUCAAAAGCUUCCUUCUCCGGUUGUGGAUCGGUUUAGGCUUCUAUUGAAAGAAAGAGAAGAUGAGUUAAGGGUUUCUGAUGAUGAAGAUGAUUAUUCACCACUUUCAGUUGAUGAUAUCGUUCGAGUCUAUGAUAUUGUAUUAUCUGAUCUCACAUUCAAUUCCAAGCCUAUUAUUACAGACUUAACCAUUAUUGCUGGAGAACAGAGGGAUUGUGCUGAAGGAAUUGCUGAGGUGAUCUGCAAUCGGAUUGCCGAGGCCCCAGUUGAUCAGAAACUACCUUCCCUGUAUCUUUUGGACAGUAUUGUUAAGAACAUUGGCAGUGCAUAUGUGAGGCACUUCUCUUCCCGCCUACAUGAGGUGUUUUUUGCGGCAUACAACCAAGUCCACCCUAAUCAGCAUCCUGCCAUGCGCCACCUCUUCGGCACUUGGUCUGCAGUAUUCCCUCCUCCAGUGCUUCGGCGAAUUGGGGCAGAACUACAACUGUCAACCCCUACAAACCAUCAACCAACUGGCUCGCUUGCACUGACUUCUUCAGGAUCCAUGUCUCCUCGUCCAGCGCAUGGUAUACAUGUGAACCCCAAAUAUUUGGAGGCAAGGCGUCAAUUUGAACAUGCCACUGCGGAUGUUCAACGUGGAACAGGAGUUUCUUCAAGCCUACAGAUGUUUGGAAAGAAACCUGAUUUCAGUUAUGGUGACAAGUAUGACGUUGGUGACACCGAAAUUGUCAACCCACAUGUCAGAGUUGGAAAAGUUGGUCCACCUGGAACAAAGUCUUCUAAAUUUCAAGUUCAGUCCUUAUCGCCGUCAAAUAAUGGAUUUGGAACAGAUAAGUCUCCUGAAAGAGCAGCUCCAUCUCAUCUUCGAUUUGAAUAUGCUCCUAGCAGAGUGAGUGGAAGGGAUGGGGAGAGAAAUGAUUGGUGGAGUAAACAUGGGUCAGACUUAGAUGAUCAGCAAAGACCAAGAGCUUUAAUUGAUGCUUAUGGGAAUUAUAGAGGUAAAAACACUUUAAAUGUUGAACGGCUCGAGGUAAAUAACUUUAGCAGUGAGGCAAGUACACGAAAGUGGCAAAACACUGAAGAAGAAGAGUAUGUUUGGGAGGAUAUGAGCCCAACUUUAGCAGAUCGUAGGAGCGGUGAGUCCAUGCCAUUUAAUCCCACUUAUGGGAGUUUGCAGACAAGAGUUCCUUUAGGAAGAUCAACUGUUGGACCACCGGAGCCUGAUCUUAGAAGAAGCAACUGGCCCAACCAGCCUCUGCGACCUGUGGUGGAUGAUUCGGCUAUCACCGCUGAGGAUGGCAUCUCAGUCCUGGGGCCUGGUCGUGGAUCAUCAAGUAACCAAGUUGUUGGUGGACCUCAAGCUCAGAAUGUUGCUUCUCAAAUUCCGGGUCCUUCCUAUUCUUCGAAUUUACACGGCCAGUUUCCACAAUCUUUUCCACAUAUUAAUCGGGAAGCAAGUGGUAGAGCAGGUCAGAUGUCUUUUCCACCAACAGCUCCACCAGCUGGUCAGAGAUUACCACCUUUUCAUGAUGGUAACAACAUUUUCCCAAAAGAACCCGGUCAUUUACAGCCACACAUGUUUAAACCUCUUGAGGCUCGAGAAGGUUUUACCUCUUUGGUUCCAGCCCAGAUGUCAUCUCAUGUUGGGGCACAGCCACUGAAUCAUGGACAUACUCCACAAGGCCACAACCCUCUUUUGAGUUUACCUUUUCUAAAUCACAAUCCCUUUUCAUCUCCACCAAUUCGUAACAUGCAAAAUAAUAAUUCUUUCCAGUCACAUGGUGGGGGAACGGUACCACCUUUACCUCCGGGUCCUCCUCCUCCAUCACAUCUCCGCCCGCCUUCACAAAAUAUAGGUCCUGGAGCAUCAUACGCACCGGGGAAUUCGGGCUAUACUGGUCUGAUAAGCUCUCUUAUGGCACAGGGGUUGAUUUCACUGACUACACCAGCUCCAGAUCAGGGUUCUGUUGGAGUUGAGUUUGAUCUGGACGUUCUGAAGGUUAGACAUGAAUCUGCAAUAAAAGCACUUUAUAGUGAUCUUCCAAGACAAUGUACAACAUGUGGAUUACGCUUUAGAAGUCAAGAGGAGCACAGUAGUCAUAUGGAUUGGCAUGUGACAAGAAAUCGAAUGUCCAGGAACCGUAAGCAACAACCUUCGCGCAAGUGGUUUGUGAGUACUAGUUUAUGGCUCAGUGGUGCAGAGACAUUAGGAACCGAUGCUGCCCCAGGGUUCCAGCCCGCUGAAACUGUUGUAGAGAGAAAGAGUGAAGAAGAAAUGGCUGUCCCUGCUGAUGAGGAUCAGAAUACAUGUGCAUUAUGUGGAGAGCCUUUUGGUGAUUUUUAUAGUGAUGAAACUGAGGAGUGGAUGUAUAAAGGUGCAGUCUAUUUAAAUGCCCUUGACGGAUCAACAGCGGGUAUGGAUAGGUCUCUUUUAGGUCCUAUAGUUCAUGCCAAGUGCAGGUCUGGAUCUUCUGCAGUUUCGAAUGAAGCUUUAGGACAAGACAGAAGGGAAAUGCUGGAUGAUAGUGAAAGAAAAAGGAUGCGAGUUAGUUAAAAGUUGUUCAACAACCUGACCUGUAUAUUAUAUUGAAAAAAGAGUUAAAUCGUAUUUCAAUGAUAAGCUCCACUAAUUUUCCCAAUAGCAGUCCUUACUUGUGUUUUUCUUAAUCUCUUUUUAGACCGCCCUGUUUCGUGUGGCUACCAAAGCUUAUAUUAGAGCACUGAGCACCCUGUUACUCGGGUGCCGCCCAAUCUCUUUCUGUUGCCCAUUUCUUAUCUUUCCUCCAAUCUCUUUCUGUUGCAUACUUUUUUAUAUCUAUGUUUUUUUCUCUUUUCUGUGUUAA